AGGUCCCUCCUGCCUCUACCCAAUACGAUAUAACCCACACACGCCUAGUUCCAACAAUUUCCUUCCCCGAUACACCCAUUCUUAAUUCCCAGUCUUUUCUCCAAUUUAUCCUCAAAUUCGUUGUUCAUUCUCGUAUACUAAAAAUCAGUAUAAUUUGAGUUUUUAUGUACAGAGCAUAUUCAACAUCAUGAUAAGUCGACGUGGCUGCGCUCUCCCAACAUCAUAGAAUUAGAAAGUUGUUUCCAAGUAAAAGUAUUCACUUUGUUUAGCCUCGCUUUUCCUUUUGCAGUUACCGUUUAUUGUACAACAGCAGUUGAAUGUUUUAGUCGACGUCCUUGUCGCAUAGAAAGAAUCAAAAUGCAUCCUGUGUUGAUCGUGUUCUUGAUCCUGCUGCUCAUCUGGGUGGCGGUGAUCGCCGUCUUCGCGCUUGAGGACCGGCUGUACCUCAAGCUCCCUGAAAAGUGGUUCGUGCACGACUACAGCGAAUUGAAGAAGGGCAGCGUGCUUGUUUUCUACGGACACCUCGUCUUCGCCUUGUUGUAUUCGUACUACAAAAAUGGCACGCUCUGGCUAUAUGAGCACGAUGUCCUGUUCGAGCAGGCGACUGAGCUGCGGGAGGACGUGCUGGAAGAGAGGAAACGACAGCGCAUUGCGAAUCGGCCUCCUGCGAAGCAGCUCAGGCGCAUGAACGUCUUUGACGAAUAUGCGGACGCGGUGUUUAUGGCCAAAAUGGAAAUCUCGUCGGCCGUUUGUUCAGAGCCAACCGAUCGAAGCAGUAAACGUCAACUAGUGGGCCUUGCGGCACGAAAUGAGGACCGAGAAAUCCGCGACGAAGCAGCUUGUAUCAUACUCUUUGUUAGACUUAGAGUCAUGUUGUUUUUUAGAUUCGCCAUUGCGCAAGAGCAGCAGCUUGUUGUACUACUACACGUUGAUGCUUCACAACUUUGAUGUUGUCUAUCUAAGACAUCAUCUUCUGCCACUUGUUGUGCCACUCUAUUAUCAUCGAAAGCGAAUGAAAUAGAGAUAAAUUUAGAUGUACGUUUAGGUUUAAGUUUAACUUUGAAUGUUCUUGUACUGCAAGGUGUGAUCGUAUGCUUCAUCGUAUGUGCACACUUGAUGUUAGUGACCUGUUGGUUUGUGCGCGCUCGCGUGCAACAAUAACAUAAGUACGUAUUUCAUUUACUUUUUUAGCAGAUCGAUGGUGCUUAGUGUUAGUACAUAAUGACUUAGGGUUAGCGUUAGGGAGUGCAUCGGAGUUUGUUUCACGACUUUUACGUAAUCAAUGAUCCACCUCUCCUGAAAAUAAAACCCACUGACAGCAACAAUCCGGCGUCUAGAGAUCUAUGCUAACGUCGCCCGUCACGCUGGGUUGAAUGCAGGAAAGAUUGCAAUAGGGGUGCAAGCUUCCAAGGUAUCGCAGCAUCAACUGAUCGAGCGUCAGCGUGCGGUUGUCGCAGCGAACAAGUUGACGAUGGAACGGUGGUUACGGAAUUUCGACCAGAGUAAAAAAUGGCUGUCCGUUGUCCUCCUGCAGGGUAUGGAGCGCAACAAUGUGGAUCACAUGCUCGACAAGCGUCCUUACCAUUAUUUUUUUAUCAAUCCCAAUCUCCCAAUUUUCGCGACGCGGCAGGAAUACGAAAGGCACGUGUUGAACAUGUUGCACGAGAAUGAGGACGCGAAGGGCGGAAAACGCGGAGGUGGGGGCGGAGGUGGCACCAUCGAUGCCACCUUGUCCUCAGGCCAAAUGAAAGGCAUGUUUUCCCAGAAGGUGUGCACAAGCGUCAAAGUCGAACCAAAAGUCGACUGGGAGCGUGCAGAUCCGCCUUGGGGCGAGGCAAAGCCGACGGUGGAGGGCGAAACCAAGCCUCCAGCACCGCCAAACAUCGAGGCGGGGGACAUCAAGAUCACGGGUAUGACGCGCAGUCUGCUGCCUCUGUGUCCGCGCAACGUCGUGGAGCUGUUCUCGGACAGCACGAACAAGGGACGGAUGGUCGUGUUCUCGAACUUGCCGCUGCCGCCACAAAUCUUCUGCGCUUUCGAGGUUAAGAUCCAGCAAGUGGACUACAAUUCGCAGUUGAUCAAGGGCAUCAAAAAACGCGUGCGCGAGCAUCUUUCUUCUAUCUUCGCAGCGGUGAAACUGAAGAGCAAACUGGUCCGCAUUCGUCAGAAGCUCGCGGCUAAGAAGGAGGCCGAAGAAGCCGGAGUGGGUGAUCUAUUGCCGGCUGCGAAAAAAGUGGCUGGACCACAACGACGCCGAAACGCUGGUGCAGAGGGGGCGAAUAAGGCGGGCAUGGGGGCGUUGGGUGCUUUCGGAGGAAAUCACUUUUCAGAACCUCCGGCUUCAGCAGGAAGUGUGCAGCUUGAGGAGAUAUCAAAGACAAAAAUAUUCGGGCAAAAGAAUAAAACAGCAGCAGUAGAGCAUCUACCGUGGGCUACUCCAGGCACCGAGAAGCCAGGAAUUACAGGUUGCAACACCGAGAUGAACGGCGGAGAGAAAAAUGUCCAAACUUCGAACGCGAUAAACACUCGUCCUAAAAACGAAAACAAAGUCGAUCGUGUUGACCAUGCGCUCUCUAUUUUUGCUGGAAAGCCUUCGAAGCUGCCUAAACUAAACCUGGAUCGGGAUCACUUCCGUUGGGCGUCUCAUGGAACUAAAAAUUCAGCCGCAACGAACUACAACAGCAAUUUGACACAAGGUACAUUGCUGGCAUCCUCCACUAGGAGCAUGGAGUCGCAAAAUUCAGCUUCGCGUGGACGCUCUUCUAGAAAGCGUUCUCUCAUCGCGCCUGCCUCUAAUGAAGAUAGUGGAUCAUUCGCAUUCCUAUCCCCGCCAAUCUCGCCGUCGACUCGAGGACGGUCACUGUCGACUGACAGCGAGGCCUCUUCUCUUCCUGAGGAAGUUUCUGACUUGGAGUUCGAGGAGUUACGCCUUGUUGACGACUUAAAUUUGCUGGAAAGCCGCACAUCAACGGCAGCUAAUAUGUCAUACACAAGCAACACAGAUACUGAUACCUCUAGCAUGAGGAUGGCGGGAGGGACAGGUGGAUAUAGCACGUCGCUGAUGAGCCGUUUGGACCGUACUGGAGCAGCUGGCCGCGCUGCGGGUGAUGCGGAACGAGACGAUGCUUUUCAACAAGACUCGGCACUUCAUACUUUGUUUGGUGCAUGGGAUCGCGACGAUAAGUGGGCUGGCUUAAGGCCGGCUUGGAACGCUCGAGAAAUUAAAAGUUUACAACAGGAGUCCUACAAAGCUGAAAAAGCCUUGCGCAAGCUCUACGGUGGGGACGCUUGUGUCCUGAGCAAAGAUCAAGAGUGGUUGCUCAGACAGGUCCAAGAUUUGGUCAAGGAAGCUGCAGUUUACCGAUCUGACAAUUAUUUCGAUGAUAUUAUGUCUGAUGAUGGUGUCGCUGGAGCAGAUGAGGGACACCAAAUUGGGCAAAAAAAUUUACGUGACCAUUACAGAGCUGCCGCUGCCAGUGAACAUCAAAGCUAUUCUUAUCCAGUAAAUACGAUGUCUGCCUCUGCGUUUGCACCCAAACCAAAGCUUGAAUAUCGACACGUGAACCGAUUGGAACCCCUGCUCGAGCAGGUGGAGGAAUACUUGCAGGAAGUGAACGCUCCUCGAGUGUCGCGACCAAAACGACCCCAGACUGAGUUAUUGCGAAAUGAGAAGAUCAAGAUGAAGAAUUCUCCUGCUGUAGUUUCGUCACCGACUUCCACCACAGAUAAUCUCCCUGUUGUGACAGGAAUCAAAUAUUUGGACAUGAAGCUGGCACAGACAGGUAAAGAGGGACGACAUGAAAACGCUGAUACUACCAUUUUGUCUUCCCGAACAGAAUCAGAAAGAAAUGUAAAUGAAGUAUCUACGGCAUCGACGUCGAAACGAGCAGCGGCCGCACAAAGUAAGGCGAGGAGAAGUUCCCAGCACGAUUAUGUGGGUGAGAGACCAGAACUCGUUUGCAUGCCCGUAAAUGCGGGUUCGUCCCCACCUGCAUCUGCGAGGACGAGCUCGUCGCGCGCCCCUAACAGGUCUUCCAAAUCCGGUAGAAAUGGACGCCUGUCGAGACGCGGCAACAAGUCGCUGUUUUCAGACGAGUCACGUACUGUCGGGAGAAGAUCUGUAUCACCAGCAUCGGCGUCGAGAGGUGGCCGAGCUGAUUACGGAUCGCCAACUACCGCAUCAACGGAUGAAUUAGAGUUGCUAGCGCAUCAAGAACUGGCGAUAGAGGGUGAGCAUCUUGCGCCUGGAGACAGUCGUUGGGGCAAGGUGCGGGGCAAAGCUACAGGGAUGGCUAUGCUGAUGAAGAGCGCACAGAAUAAAGACGCACUGGCCCUAAAUAAGUUUCAGCGACGUGGCGCACACUUGUUAUCGGCAACCAAGGUAAAAAACGCGGAUGCCAACGAGGACGAAAAAGAAGCCGCAGCGCGCGUGAUGAAGGCAAUGAGCAUGGGACGGAAAGCGAAGGGUGGUCCGAACAAGGGCUUGGACGCCGUGGCCAAGCUUUUCGGCCUCAAAGCCGGAGAGGAGGUUGAUGGGGUCGAGAAACUAGAGGGCGGACAGACGAAAAAGAAACCCGAUGUCUGUCCGCACGUCGACUUAUGUCCCUUCGUAAUCGGCAUUGGCUGCAAGCCCAUGGACCACCGGACCCCGCCACAAGCAGACACAAGCGGUGUGGGGAAAGUCCUCGAGCCGCGCUUUGUCAACAAGGUGGCGAACUCCCUGCGAGGUUUCAAUGAGAACAAGAUGCCGGGACACUUCCCGCUGUCUCUUGGCUUUCAAUCUGACGGCUUGAUCCACGUGCAAGAGGGGAUUGGCGACCGCAGCAAAAAGUACUACAAGACGCGCAAUGGCCAGCUCCGACAAGGCGACACCCUCACCGUUCUGAUUGACCGCAGUAAAGGCCAUGUCUUCUUCUUCAAAAACGGCAAAAUCGUAGAGAUCGAACAGCAGGUGAGUCGCCAGGCUUACGUCGACCUUAUGGAACCCGAUGUCCGAGAUGAUCCCUGGGAUGCCCGCUAUGAAGAUUCAGUGCAGGUACUUACAACAACGAGUCCUACCAGUGUUGAUAAAUAAUUUCUUGAGGCUAAGCCAAAGCUUGUUUUUUGUGAAUAAUACUAAUAUAAAUAAAGUGGAUCUUGAUCUUGUGAGUUAGAUGUCCGAUUAAAAGAAAUUCGUUGACCCCAUGUGCAAUGCAUGAAAAUCACAGCGAGUUGUACCAAACUCUUGUACUUGUGCUAUCUUGAGAAACAAAAUGGCUUUGAAUGACACCAGGGCAAAAUGGCUGAGUUAGCACUGCAGACGGAGGAACGGGACUGGAAGGAGCAUUUCUGGGACGAAAAGCACGAACAGGAGGCGGAGGAGAAACGCAAAAGGGAGGAGGAUAAGCGCAGAAAAGAGAUGAAAGCAGUGGCUGACGCGAUGCAGGAAAUGAAAGACGCAAGGACCGAGAAAACGAGGCGUGCUGUUCUUCUCUCCCAAGAAGACUCCUUCGCGGGAGCCAUGGUGCGACGCUACUACGGCAAGCGCACUUUGAAAAUGAUGGAAGAUGAUCUGAAGAAGGCCGAUGCGGAGAAGGCGGACCGCGAAGAGAAUCCCCACAAGUAUAACGAACAAGAUCGCGAGAUGCAAAAGCAUGCGGAGCGCAUUGUGAAUGGCAUUGCAGAUCCAGAACAAAAGGAAAAAGAGAACGCGUACGCGAAGCAACUACAUGCAGCUCGGCCGCAAUUGGGCGCCAUGACUUUUGGUGGCGGCAAGCUUGACGACGAACCGGCUCCAACACCAUCGCCUCCAGGGAUGGCGCAACAAGGUUCUAUGAGUGCAAUGGCAGCCAAAGCCAAUGCAGGAUCCUUUCACUUUCUUCAGCGCUCUGUCACAUCUGAGAAAGUGUCCAAUGUGGGGGACAGUGCAAAAAACCUCCUCAGCAACGCGGGCGGAGCAAUCAAAUCACUGGGUCGUAGGUUUUCGCGCCAAGGAUCUGCGCUGGAGGCGGGUAUUGAAGAGGACGAGAAGGCGGCUCAAGCGCCCACAAAAGCAGACGAUUCUGCUGGAACAACUGAGGCAGCGAAAGAGGGUUCGCAUUCCGCUGUGCAAGAAGGGGGCGACGAUCAGAGCGGCACAUCUUCCGCACCAGAGAGCGGAGACGAAUCGAGGGAGGUUCCCAAAGAAGGUCUGCAUUUUCUUCCCGAACAAGAGGCCGAUCUCGAUUGCACAGGUGUGGUCGGCCAGAACAAAGAGUUUACCACUGAAGGCUUCCGACCUGGUGGCACAGGACGUCCAGCGUCUCGCACACCUCGUGCUCAGGCAGCAAAGUCGGUAUCUUUUGAAGGUGCAGAAAGCACGACAGGAGGAGCAGAGGGUGUCCCUUCCUCUCCCUUGGCCACUACCGCGGAGGCGCAAGACGACGGGAUACUCUUUGUCGGUGUCGAGGAUGAAUCGGGUGCUCACCGAGGACUAGGGCGACAGAAAACUUCGGGCCGUGGUGGUAUGAGCAAUCGGACUGCUCCCCAACAGCAAGAUGAUGAAGAUGCCGGCACUGGCGGGAUGGCUGGCGAAGUAGCGGAGAAUGCGAAGCAGAUGCUGAGCUCUCUUCGUCGGACUAUGUCCGCCAUCGCUUACGUAGACGAUGACCGAAACCCGUUAACAGCAAAGAGCAUCGCAGCCAAGCACAUCAGCCGAAUGGGAACGCAGGUCACCAACUUCUUUGCAAACCUAAACGAUGACGUCGGUGACGAGGAUAUUGCGGCUCGAUACCGAGAGAAAAACCGGUGGGGUACCUUCUUGGAAGUUUCGGAUGAGGAGAGUGAAGCUGACCAGAGACGAAAAAGCAAGAAAGAGAAGAAAAAGAAGGACGGCGACGACGACGGUAGCGAUCACUCCGAAGACAGUAGAGAUGGUUCGAUUGGUAAUGUUUUUUCUCGACUGCAUCGCCGAGUCAAGAAGUCCGCGCGCCGCCGUGGGCGUGCAGCGGCGGCGAAGGCUUCUCAUGUCGGCUUCAAGUUGUGCCCAACGUUCAUGGUGCUCCAGUGGAAAGCUCGACGAAAGAUUCGCCACAUGUGUCGUAAGGUCUAUCGGUUCUUGUUCGCGGACUUUUUUGGUACUGCUGCGGCAGACGCCGCUGCCGCUGAGGAUGAUGAGGACCCGGAAGAAGAGGAAGUCACGUGUGCGUCCACGAUGCUGCGCUGCAAGAACGGAACUCGGAAGCAAAUCCGCAUGCUGCAACUGCGCGCGCAAAUUAAGGUGUACGACCGCGACGCCGACCGAGACGAGCUCGCGAUGCUCCGGAACCCACUCAAGGAAAAGCGCCGUCGACAGGAGGCAGCAGAAGAAGAGAAAAAUCGCCUGAACAGAAUGCGGAAGGCUGAGGAAGGGGUCUGGACGGAGGGUGAACUGCUGAGCAUGACGAAGGACCAGCUAGAAGAGGCACGAGCAGACCGCGACCUCCGUCUAAUGACGGAGAUAGAGCGCCGCUGUCACAACGUUGUCGGCCGACAACAGCGCUAUCACGUUCGCCUGCCUUCCCUAUACCUCCAUGACGUGCGCGAUCUCGCGCACUACGUCGUCAUCGGCGGAGAAGAGGUAAAUAAUUUACUCAACCUUCACCUAGCAUACGAAGUAUAGAUAUUUUAGUUUGAUGACGACGCGUGGGGAUGGUUAUCCAUCUGCUGAUUCGAACCUGGACGUGUCGGGUCGUUACUCCUCCACUAGGCAUAGGUCGUCAAUUUAGCUCAAUUUUAAUGCGAAGGAGGAGGUGUUCGUAUUCUUGAAAAGAAGUUCAAUGUAAAUCAUCAUUUCGAGAACCACCCGUCAUAAUAUCAGGCUAUGCUGCGAUUGGAUGUGAAUUUCGGAACAAAAGAGUUCGAUAUGCGCGCGAAUGUGAAUGAGCUCAACCGCAAGUUAGAACUCGCGCGUCGGUCCACGUUUGUGCAAAAAAUGUCGAACAUGAUGUCUCAGAAGGAAACGACGACGGAGUUGGCACAGGCACUGCGGGUGAAGGAUGCAAGUAUAGAGCGCCGAAAGAAGUUCGAGGAACAAGAAGCAGCAGAACAGGAAAAGAUCGCCAAGGCGCUUGAAAAGGAAGACGAGGUGGAGCCGGAAAUCAAAUUCGGUGGAGGCGGGAGUUCAUCUGAUGCGGACGACUCUAAGGAAGGAGGGCAUGCUGCACAAGCGCUUGGUCCCGACUCGUCUAAUGAAGAUGGCGAGAGAGACUGCUCGACCCUUGAUGAAGAUCAUGAAAGAACUGAUCCAACGUCGUUCAGAAGCGUUGGAAGUGGACCGGUGCAGUUCUUUGAAGCAGAGCAUAAGGAGGAAGAAAAGGGUCCGCCAGGCACGCCCGGUCGCGGUGCCUCAUCAAGCACGACCAGCAAUGUUGACGGAUCAGGAACAAGCGCUGCUGACGAUGAGGAGCACAAGAUUGCCGACGAACUUGACCAUUUGAAAGGCGCGAGCAAACAGAAGGAGGACGCGGUGGCGUCAGCCAAGGCACGUGCCCAGCUCUCCACGAAGAAGAAGGGUCCGAGUUUGCUGAAUCGCAUGGGGCUGAAAGUCGUCGGUGCCACACAGCCAGGGGACGCAAAACCGGCUUGGGGGAUGCUCGCGAACCUGAAAAAGCAAGGUUCGCAGCUGGUGCUUGGUGAAAGCCAAGAGGAGCCAGAACAAGUACAGGGGAAGAUAGAUGCAGUGUCGAUGCUGUUGCAGUCGAAGAAUCGCAUCAGAGCGGGUGGCGCGCAAGACAAAGACGUCUCCAAAUUGAAGGCAGAGACGCUGCUGCCAUACCAUAUCGAGCAAGAGUGCAAAUUCAUUGUGCAAGAAGCGAAGAAGCUCGCAGACUUCUACUCCACAGACAGGACGAGCCAACGGGAAAAGGCGCGUCGAAACAAGAAGGAGGAAGCUGAUUUGGAGCGGAAGUUGCAGCUGGCUGAGGAGUGCGUCGAAAUGUUUGAUCUUACGCGCACUGGGGAAACUCAAAUCUUUCUAAAGCGGGCUUCGCUUGCUCGAGAUACGACAUUGACCGGUCAGACACUCAUGCCCUUUGGCCGCGACACGCUGUUUGGGCCGCAAGGUGUCUUUGCGGCCAAAGCAAAAUCAGCUCGAAUUUUGGAUGCAUUAGAAAUGUUCCACGAAGAGGUGAAGCCAGUUCCCUACGUGAGUAUUGAAGAGAAAAAUGAAGCCGAGUGGAAGAGUACAUUCUUCACCGAGUGUACACUGCGCGAGCGUUUCAUGCUGCGCGUCAAGUGGUAUUACAAGUGGUACUUCCGGGAACCGAUGAGGCGCUUGACCCAAGGGCUGACGGAAGACGAAAGGAUUGCGUUAGAGCGAAAGCGAUCACUACAGAAGCAGCGCAAGAAAGUGCGAGAGAAAGGCGAGGCCAUGGAGGUGCUUGAUACGCGAACUCACGUCGGGGACGUGCAGGCCAACUUGGUGGCCAAGUUUUGGUACUACGCAAAAGCCUUGGAGCGCGUACGCAUGCCCCGACUAUCCGAACGCAUUCUCGAAAGCUGGAAAAGUCGAGACGAUGAAGACCUGGGAGAAUGGGUACAGAAGGCGCGCAAACGGCAAUCGGAAAUGUUCAUCCAGACUCACAAGCUUGAUGCCCUCAUCGUGGAACAAGCCGCGAAGCAGACCGGUGCACAAGAGUCCAUGCUGGUUUUAGAGGCAUUGUAUGAAGAAGCGAAACAACGGAAAGAAUCGUUUUCCAUCGGGUACUUUAUGCGCCUGUGUUGCAUGGGAAACUAUUUUGAAUCCAUGAGUGGCUACACGAGCGAGGCGCGGAUGAUGCGUGAGCACGUGCUUCGUCACUACUCUUACUGUACGCCCUUUUUGCUGCAUGCGCUUGUUUCGCGUGAAGAUCGGGUGGCGUUGGACCGGUGGAUCCACGGGAAGACCUUUUGUACAUGGCUCUUUGGACGGUUGCUUCCGUGGGCGUCGUUUGGAAUGGGUAUGUCGAUGAAUCAAGCCUUUCUAGACUCGAUGUUGGGACUAUCCCAAAAGGACAAGGAAGAGCGUCGUAUUCGCAGCUGGCUCCGGCAAGCGCGUGCGGAUGCGCUGCAGGACGACGACCCCUUCGUCGAGUUCGACUCGCGAAACGGCAGCUUUCACAUCGCCCGGCGACAGAACGCGCGCUUUCUCACCGCCGACAUGCAGAAGAACGUCGUGGAGAAAGCGCAAGACUGGAUUGCGAACGCAGGCAAAGCCCACGGUCUGCGCCGUUCGCAGGACGAGAUCACGGCAGCUGCCAAGCACCGCGAAGACCCACUGUUGCGCAGGUACGAUACCAUGAUGGCUAUGCAGACCGAAGAGGAUAGCGCACUGAUUUCCUGGGAAGUGGUGAAAGAAGCGCAACCAGCGAUUCGGCGACAAGAGGACUUCAUGAAAUGCCGACUCGGUUUGUGCAGUUGCGUCUGCUACGUUCCGCAGCGAUUAGGUAACCCGAUCAAAGUAGACCAAGGUCGAAAGACCGCAGUCGAUGUUCUGGAAGUGUGCGCAACUUGCGGGCACUUGGCCUGCUACCACACCUGGGAACCGGGGAGACGCCUGUACCAUCCAGCGCUGCCGUUGCCGUCGCCAUUCGAUGUUCUGGACGUGCGCGUGCAACCGGACUCCUUGAAAGCACGCACGCUGAGGCGUCCGAGCUUGUGGCGCAAAGCGCUGGAUGCCACGGGGCACAGGAUGUAUUACAACGUCAAGACGCAGGAGUCGCAGUACAAUCGCCCAAGUACAGGGCAGAUGGGUCGCGCCGCAGACUGGUUCGGAUUCGGAACGCGGCCUGAUAGCACAGAGCGAUGUCCGUCGGUUGGCGGAUGCGCACGCCGUCGACCCAGCGGAGCGGUUAAGCUAGCAGUCCAGAAGCGUUACGAGGACAUCAAGAGGGCAGAAACACAACGACAAGUCGAAAUCGCAGAGCAGAAACGCUUAGCCGAACUGCAGAAACAAAAGAGAGCAAUGGAGAGGCGUAACUCUAAGCGUAGAAAGUCGGUCGUGUCGGCUAAGUCAAUGCAGGUUGACGAUGAAGGUGACGAUGCCUGA